CCCAUAUCCGACGCACUUUAACCCUUUCGCAAUCAACUAAAUUCAAGGCGGAUCAAAUGUUCACACGCAGAAUUCCUCGUUUUUAUUGCGUAUUUCAAGUGCGUACAGGUACAUUACGUCGUAUCUCUUAUCAAACCUUACGCCAGUUACAUCCAUCCUUACGUUCAAUCCCGAUCGCCUGUCCCAGUCGCGCUGCAUCUGGUAACGCAAUACCGUCAGACAAUGAUUCGCCAUUACCACCCAGUAUAUUCCCCACAGAAGGGUUCAAAAUAAUCGAUUCGUCCACGCCGGUUGAAGAGGAAACACUUCCCUUCUACCGUCCUGAGUUAUUCUAUCCUGUGCGCCUAGGCGAAGUUUUCCAGAAUCGCUACCAGGUCGUUGCGAAGCUGGGGUAUGGCGCCUCGUCCACAGUAUGGCUCGGUCACGAUCUCAUCGAACAACGAUAUGUCGCACUCAAGAUUUUUGUCAACAGAAUUCCUCGCAAUCCAGAGCUGGAGGUCUUGCAGCAUCUUGAAAGCAUCCAGUCUGAGCAUAAUGGACGUGAAUUUAUGCGGCUGCUGGAGGCAUCCUUCCAAUCGCAAAGUUUGGGGGGUUUGCAUGACGUGUUCGUCCUUCGUCCCCUAGGCCUAAGCCUUCAGGCGUUACAAAGAUAUCAGCCGAACCGUGUGCUCUAUGAAAACGUCGCUACCUCCACUGCACAAUGCGCCCUCAUCGCGCUUAAUUUUUUACACGAGGAAGCAAAGGUGGUUUACACGGAUCUUCAUUCCGGAAAUCUACUACUCGGAAUAUCCAACGAGUCCCUUUUGGCACAAUAUGAACAAAAUGAGUUGGAAAAACCUACGCCACGAAAGAUUCUUGCGAAUCGUGUGAUUCACGUUUCCCAGAUUUCCUUUAACGUGGGGAAAGUUCCGCAUCUUUGUGAUUUUGGCCAUGCUCGCAUUUGCAUUAACGGACAGUUACAGCAAGGGCGUGCAAUGCCUAUCCAAUACCGCACGCCUGAAAUGUUGUUGGAUAUGCCUUGGGAUUAUUCGGUUGAUCUAUGGGCCCUUGCGCUAACGAUAUGGGAUAUGCUGGAGCCUGAACCCUUAUUUAAGGUCUACAAUCAUGACAGUAGUCUUAAUGAAGCGUUCCACCUUGCUCAUAUGGUAGCACUAUUAGGCCCACCACCUUUGGAUUUUUUAAAGAGGAGUGCCACCUCAGCAAAAUAUUGGGAUGAUGAUGGAAAGUGGAAAGGGUCUGUCCCGAUCCCGUCGCCGACGAGUCUCGAGUCCCGGUUUACGCAAUUCGAUGGGGAGCGCAAGACAAUAUUCCUCGAUUUUAUUCGGAAAUUGCUCGCAUGGGAUCCACAACAGCGACCUUCAAGUGGAGAUGCGUAUAUGCAUCCAUGGCUAGCUGAAGUUCGGGGAGAGGGAGAUGAUUCGUAAGUUUGGCAAACAAACCCAGGCGUGUAUUGCAUGCGCUCUUGCACAAGAAAAAGGCGCAAAAGGUACAAAAGGUGCAAAAGCCAACCGACUUGCACUCCUAACUGCAAAUGAUCCUCUUGCCGAUGUAAAGAAAAAAAGAAAAUCACAUCCUCCCCCAAUUCGGCGAAGAUCGUGGCUGCGGACUCCGUAAACCUCAGCAAAGUCAUCGACAGCAUGCAUCACCAGAGAGUGGCCCGACCACCCCUGCAGACACAUGUCCCCGUCGAUAUUGUGACCAAAGUUCCUAGAGAUGAGAAAAAGG